ACAGAGCGGCCGAAGCGCAUCUCCAAAGUCGGUGGAGCCUUCUCAAUCAAGAAUUUCAAUUCUUCAUUUUUUUCCUUCUAGAAUCACCCUUUCUUUUUGUUUGAACAGAGAGGCCUGAAUGUGCUUCACAUUAACCGCCAGACUCCCCUUAUUUCGUCUGUUAAAUUUUCCUCAUCGCUAUACUCCUAUUUGCUAUGGUGUUGUUCUUUCAUAGACCAUGAGUUACAAUAUAUGGUUGAGGCAAGGGGGUCUCCUGAAACAGUUCUCAAUUCAAUAAUUUGUUGACACUCACAUUAAGUUCUCUCGAUUGCCUAUAGAACAAGACAAGGAAGCAGGUCGAUGUCACUGAACUUAAAGACAAACCUAUUUGGGCGCUACUGGAGUCUUACAGGGCUAAGCAAACUGAAAGUGUAUCAGGAAUUCCCACAACAGAUUGCUUAUGUCACUGAAGAGGAGAGAGUGAUGACACAGAAUGUUGUGUAUGAAUGGGGUCCUUUUAUCUGCUAUCACUGUAAGAAAAUAGGACAUCUUUCGGAGAACUGUAGAUUGAAGGAAAACAAUAAGAAGGAAGCUGCUGGCCCAAAGAAACUAGUCUGGAGAGUUAAAAAGGAUGGGAAAGAGCAUCAACUAGAGGAGAUCCUAAAGAAGGAUGAAUGUGAACAGAGCAAUGAAAAGCUGGAGGAAGAGGAGAGGAAUAAUCAAAAUAGCAAUGACAAUCUACAGAAAGAUAUUCCCCCAGAAAAUAUGGAUGAGGGAUUUACUGAAGUAUGUGGGAAAAAGGCUGCAAGGAAAUUGGUGUUAGAUGAUAGCAAAGACUAUGAUGAAAAAGGAUUGCAUAAGCAAGCUAAACAGGAAUGGAUUCUGGAGGGGGAUCAGAACUCAAGAAUUUUCUUUGCCUGGAUAAGGAAAAGGCAAAACAAAAAUACCACCACAUCUGUUAAAAACCUGGAAGGAAAGAUUGUGGAAUGCAAAGAGGCAGUAGCAGAAGCCAUCCUACAAUAUUAUCAGGAUGAAAAAUUAGUGGACUGUAUACUCAAAGCUUUAAAACACUUCUCCUUGACAACUGGACUGCACAUCAACCAAGCCAAGUCACAAAUAGUAACUGGAGGGUUAAAGGAGGAAACUGAAAGAAGGCUACUAGAGCUCACCAAAAUACCUAAGGGGGACUUUCCAUUCAGAUAUCUUGGAGGGCCCAUAACAGCAUCUAGAAUUGGACAGAGUGAGUGUGAUGCUCUGGUGGAAAAGAUCACUUGCAAGGUAAACUCAUGGGCUACAAAACACUUAUCGAAUGCAGAGAUACUGCAAAUGGUUUCCAAAUGGGCUGGAACUGAUCUUACAGCUUGCAACAUAAAGGAGAUGGAAGACAAAAUUAUGUUGGGAAGCAACAGAAAGGAGAGCAGCUUUGGUGGCAGUGUCUACUCUACCAAAAUUUCCAAGUUUGGUUACCAUCCUAUGUGUGCGUCCCUGAAGGUGACAAACCUAAUAUUUGCUGAUGACUUAAUAGUGGGCUGCAAAGCUGAUCUUAAAUCUGUUAAAGUUAUCAUGGAGGUGCUGGAAAGAUUCAACAAGUGUACAAGACUUCAAAUUAACAAGGAGAAAUCUUCUAUUGUGUUUGGAGGCUGUAAGGAGGAUCUGGAAAAGGAGAUUAUUAGUAUCACACAGAUGAAUAAAGGAAAACUUCCUUUCACAUACCUGGGAUGCCCCAUCUCAUCAUCAAGGCUAUCAAUCCAGGAUUGUGACAAGCUGGUGGAGAAAAUUUGUGCCAAAAUAACCACGUGGAGCUCUAAGCACCUUACAUAUGCAGGUAGGGUUAGGUUAAUUAAUACUGUGCUCAUGGGGAUAAUUACCUUCUGGGCUAGGAUUUUCCUAAUCCCAUCUAAGGUGAUGAAGACUAUCCAGGCAAUAUGCAGAAAUUUCCUCUGGAACUCAAAAGCAAAAUACAGUAAGGUCCCAUUAGUGAGCUGGGAAGAAACUUGUCUGCCUAAGAGAUGUGGCGGGCUAGGGUUGAGGAACAUGGUCCUAUGGAACAAGGCCUCAAUCAUGAAACUGAAUUGGGAUAUCCACAAUAAGAAAGACAUACUCUGGGUACAAUGGAUCCACACAAGAUACAUCAAAAAUGAAAACUACUGGGAAUACACCCCUAGGCCUAACUGUUGUAACUCUUGGACUCAAAUGAUGGAAGUCAGGAAUCUGUUUGCCAGUAUGCCUAGAGGGGAAAGGUACACAACACAACAGGGUUAUGAAUGGCUUCUAGGCGAACAUCCCAAACCAACUUGGACAGACUGGGUGUGGAACAGGGUAACACUGCAAAAGUGCCAGUUUAUAAUGUGGCUAAUUAUGCGUGGGCGUAUACAAACAAAAGUUAGACUGGCGCGAGUUAUGGAGGUGGACACAACUUGUUUCUUUUGCCAAAAUGGGGAAGAGGACAUUUCUCAUCUGCUUUGCAGGUGUGAGUUAGCCAAGGAAGUGUUAGGCCAUAUAGCUGAAUGGAUGCAGACAAAACUGGAAGGGGAAGAUAUAGUAGAGAUGGCAAAGGGCAUAACGAAGAACACUCCCAGGAAGAAAAGGAAGGAAGUGCUAGUGGGAUGGGCCACAACGUGCUACUAUAUAUGGAGGGCUAGGAAUUGGAAAAGGCAUGAUAAAGAGAUUCAAGUUGAGGAGAUAGUUGGAACCAUUAAAUAUCAUUGUUCUGUAUGCUUUAGUAGUUUUAAGGGUGGGUAGAGGAAGUGGUGACAAAUGAUGUGGGAGAUUGUGUAAUACUCGUUGUGUUUGGUGAUUUAUACAUAGCAUUUUCGUUUCAAAAAAAAACAAGACACCACACAGAAUGCAAGAAAAAGGAAGAAAAACAAUAUAGGGGACGAGAAUAUACCAACGAAUACAAAUCUACGAAUUAGUUCUAAGGAGAGAUACCACCAUUCACCUUGACUUUAUUGACGGAGAAUUCAUAAAUUAACUGAUAUAGA